CGGCAAUGAAAGCUUCUACUAACAUUUCAUUAUUUUCUACCCUGACUUUUUCUUUUUUAAACUUUAGAAUUAGAACUAGAACUAGUGUAGUCCCUGAAUUUCAACUUUAGAGUUUCAUUGGAUAACCUGUCAUAUAAAAGUAGCAAACUUGGUUAAUUUGAAGCCUCAUUAGUAGUAGUCACUCCACUCCCAGUCCAAUAAUCCUCUGCUUCCUUCUGGUCCCCCAUUUCUUCACAAAAAAAAAAAGAAGAAAAACAGGGCAGCCAUGGCUAGAAACAAACCUCUAACCAAGCCAUCGUUAUUUUCAGACUGUAAAUCCUUCUUUCUCGCAGCACUAACUGCGACGCUCCUCGUUUGUGCGAUUUGGUCCUUAACAAAACCAUGGACCAAAGCUAACUCUUCCUCUUCCACCUUAAAUUCAAGUACCAGUAAUGACCCGAAUUUUUGCAACAACCAAGCAGGACAAGCCUUUAAUCGAGUACAUGAUCCUCCAGAAACAACAUUCUACGACGACCCACAACUCAGUUACACUCUAGGCACUCCCAUCGAGAACUGGGACCGGAAAAGGAAGCUGUGGUUAAAGCUCCAUCCAACUUUUUCCGGCCGGGCAGAGAAUCGGAUCCUCAUCGUAACCGGGUCCCAGCCCGCUCCGUGUAAGAAUCCCAUUGGGGACCAUUUACUCCUGAGGUGCUUCAAGAACAAGGCUGAUUACAGCAGAAUACACGGAUACGAUAUCUUCUACAACACCGCUUGUUUAGACCCGAAGAUGUGCAACGUUUGGGCUAAGGUGGCGCUGGUUCGGGCCGCCAUGGUGGCCCACCCGGAAGCUGAAUGGAUCUGGUGGAUGGAUUCGGAUGCUAUUUUCACCGACAUGUACUUUAAAGUUCCGUUACAGAAGUACAAUCGGUAUAAUCUGAUUGUUCCCGGGUGGCCGGAUACGUUGUACCAGAACAAGAGCUGGGUUUCGGUGAACACUGGGAGUUUUCUGAUGAGAAAUUGCCAGUGGUCAUUGGAUUUUUUGGAUGUUUGGGCCAGCAUGAGCCCCAGAAGCCCGGAUUAUAAUUUCUGGGGCGAAACUCUGAUGGCCACGCUUUCCGACAAGACGUUCCCGGGGGCGGAUGAGCAGUCCUCUUUGGUGUAUAUACUAUUGAAAGGUGCAAGAAAAUGGAAGGAUGCAAUCCAUUUGGAGACCGAAUAUGAUUUAAGCUCUUAUUGGGUUGGUAUUAUCGGAAAGAUUAAUGAAUAUAGUCGCAAGUACAAUGAAAUUCAGAGGAAUGUGCCGAUUUUAAGGCGGAGACGGGCUGAGGCGGUGAGUCAGUUUUACGGGUCGAUUUUGGAGCAGAAUCUGGCAGGUGGUGGGGACAGCAAAUGGCCGUUCAUUACUCAUUUCACGGGGUGUCAGCCAUGCAACGGCAACCAUGAUCCGUCCUACGUUGGGAACUCUUGCUGGAUUGGAAUGGAGAGAGCUCUGAAUUUUGCCGAUAAUCAGGUGCUUCAGAACUACGGUUUUGAGCACGGUGAUUUAAACAAUGGCUCGUUUGUUUCGCCUUUGAGAUUCGCUUUUCGAUUGGACGACAACGAGUUCGGAAAAAUUCGGAUGAGGAACAGAACCGGUCGGUAAAAAAUUCCAUCUCCGGCGAAAUUUACCCCUGUUGGAAAGAAUGUAGCUUCUCUUUUUACUGCUGCUGUUUCUAUUUCUCUUGGGAUACGAAAUCUAAGUAGAUUAAUUGAUCCUACCUCGAUUAUGUCCACUUCUGCUUAAUUAGCAUAUGUCCACGUUCAACAAAACAAUUACUCCUUCAAGCAUGCCUUUCUUUCCUCCAGGAAAUAAGCCGGAAAUGCGUGACAAUUAAUUUCCACUAUGUUGGAGAGAUUGUUUUGACCAGUGGAUAUUGUUUUCAAUCCGCAAUCACAGGCGUCUUAACUCCGCUGAGGAGGAACCACACUUUGAUAAGAAUACCAACUUUAUGUUACUUUUUUUCUUUUUUCAACCUUAUCACCUUAACAUGUAGCUAUAGUUUUCGGCCACUAAUAUCGAGUAUAAUAUCGACAUUAAACAUGAAAUAG